GUAAAGAUCAUCUCUCUUAUAAAAACUAAUUACUACAACUUUAUUGGCUGACUAAUAGGAGCAGUGGUUGGGACACUAGUCCAAGUGUUCGUCAAAUGAGAACGCGCUGUUGGAGGACUGUGGUUUCUCUCCCUCCCCUGUUCCGAAGCUGGAGAGAUGGGGAGGGCAGGCCCAUGAGUAGGCGAUGCACAAACUAGUCAAAACUCAGUCUUUCACCCCCCUGCCUGCGGACUGAAGCAGUCGCUAGAGUUUCUUCGUCGUCUGCUUUUAGUGCUUUCUGGAAGCACCAGGGUUUUAGGUUAAAAACCCGAGCAGCCUCUGGAAAGAAAAGAGGGGGGAAGUUUGAAAGGUUUCCGUGUUUCCUGCGCAAAAAGGAGGAUUUAAUGCAGAACUUAAGUUUUAAGCGCAAAAAAGUUGUGAAUGCAUGAGCUCUGUGAGGUGGACUGAUUGACUCCAGACUGCUUUUGUCUGCUAAUUUCUCUAAUAAGGAGGAAGAGUCUUUUGUCUCUCCUGUUGCGCACCGCGAGCGCAGCGCGUUUGUUUGCGCUCUUGUCAAACUAUUGAAUGUUUAAUUGACACCUGUUGUGUGACGUCGUAAUACUCUGUAGCCCGGUAAGUGUAUCAAAAUUGUUAGAACUUUAUCUCGAGUGAUUUUCGCUGAACUUUUUCCCCCCCGUAAUGGACAGCGCCGGACUGUUUUGGAGUAUGUUCAUGAGGUGAAUGAAACAGAAAAACCCUGGAAACGCACAUGCCAAGUUACAUUUAUCGGAGGUGGAAUUGUUUCAUAUUUUCUGAAGUAACUCCUACUUUAUAUGCGCUUCAAAAGAUCAUCGCGUAGAGCAGAAGACCAGGUUCAGCUGUCAGGAUUUCAGCUCUGGAACUUUGGAGGAACUUUUGGAGACCUACACUGAACGGAUAGAUCGAGAUCUGCAAACAAAGGAGGCUCUUCACGUUUCCAUUUCUUGGACGAGGAAGGAUGGAUGUGAGAAUGAACCAAGGACACCUACUUUUGGCAGUGACUCUCAUCUUCUGCAACUCACAGCUGCUGGUGGUCGCCAACUCAUGGUGGUCAUUAGCCAUGAACCCCAUCCAGAGACCGGAGAUGUACAUCAUUGGAGCACAACCUCUGUGCAGCCAGCUGACGGGCCUGUCUCAGGGUCAGAGGAAGCUCUGCCAGCUCUAUCAGGACCAUAUGGUUUAUAUCGGAGAGGGGGCAAAGACGGGCAUCAAGGAGUGUCAGUAUCAGUUCAGGCAAAGGCGAUGGAACUGUAGCACGGUGGACAACACAUCUGUGUUCGGCCGCGUCAUGCAGAUAGGCAGCAGAGAAACAGCUUUUACUUAUGCCAUCAGCGCAGCGGGUGUCGUGAAUGCGGUGAGUCGGGCGUGCCGUGAGGGUGAGCUUUCCACCUGUGGCUGCAGCCGAGCGGCUCGUCCCAGAGACCUCCCGAGAGACUGGCUAUGGGGCGGCUGCGGGGACAACGUCAACUACGGCUACCGUUUCGCUCGGGAGUUUGUGGACGCCCGCGAGCGUGAGAAAAACUACCCACGUGGAUCUGUCGAACAUGCACGCACGCUUAUGAACGUACAGAACAAUGAAGCCGGGAGAAUGGCAGUGUACAAUCUGGCCAACGUCGCAUGCAAGUGUCACGGAGUCUCCGGCUCAUGCAGCCUGAAAACCUGUUGGCUCCAGCUGGCCGACUUCCGCCGUGUGGGAGAGUUCCUGAAAGAGAAGUACGACAGCGCCGCCGCCAUGCGCAUCAGCCGACGAGGCAAGCUGGAGCUGGUCAACAACCGCUUUAACCCCCCGACGAGCGAGGACCUGGUCUACAUCGACCCCAGCCCGGACUACUGCCUGCGUAACGAGACCACCGGCUCUCUGGGCACCCAGGACCGCCUGUGCAACAAGACCUCGGAGGGCAUGGACGGCUGCGAGCUCAUGUGCUGCGGUCGUGGUUACGACCAGUUCAAGACCUACAAACACGAGCGCUGCCACUGCAAGUUCCACUGGUGCUGCUACGUCAAGUGCAAGCGCUGCACGUCGCUCGUAGACCAGUUUGUGUGCAAGUAGCAGCCUAGGGACGGGACAGACGCCCUGGAGAGGCACUGAGCAAUUAGCGGGAGAGGAACGAGACCUUUAACGGACCCACAGGGGGAACUUAGAGAUAAUUAAAUGUAAAAUGAUAUAUUAAAUAGCAACAAAUUAAAGUAUAUAAAUAAGUGUACGUGUGCCGUUGAUAGUAAUUUAAUGACCUUUUCUGACUCAAGAAUCAAAAGUUGGACGUCAUUGAUGAAAAGGAGGCACCGGUGUGAUGUUUCUUGGCUCAAGCUGUUGUUCUCUCGAUGUUUGAAUUCAGAGAGGCACGAACUGUUUGCUUGUUCUAAAAAGAAGAGCCUAAGCUCUUUAGAGACUCUAGAAAUGGUAGAGAUGCAAAAAGAGGACGGAGAACAACGGCUCGUCGCCCAUCACCUUUUCCAGACCUUUGGCCCGCCGCUGAUUCACCUCCACAAACACACACCACCUUGCCGAUAUCAGAGCUCUUAAGAACCUUGAGUCAGAGAAAUGUGGAAUUAUCGGACAUUGUGUUCCAUGAUGUCAUAAAGAUCCUAUGACAAGAACAGAAUGCUGCCUGUUACCCGUCACACAAGCAUUUCUGCUAAGAAACCUGUAGAGACGUGUGAAAGAUGAAACCAGGAACGUUUUUACCUGAAUUGGAGCGACACGCACACACAAAACUCCCUUUAUUCUUCCAAAAUCAUUCGAUUUGUAUCCUUCAUAUAGGCUUUCAAAAGUCUGUUAUGAACCUUUGAUGCAUUUCAGGGGCUUCCAUACAUCAUAUCUUGGAAUUACAUCUAAUCUGGAGCAGAGAAUAUUGUGUUUGUUCUGUCACUGUCUUUGUCAUUGCUGGAUGAAACGGUUCAAAGCCUCACGGUAAUGAAUGUGUGUCUGGUAAAUGAAAAUAGGAAAAAAAUAAAAAUCAAGGCUACAUGAUAAGGACUGCAAAAACUAUUAUUGUAACCAAAUACUAGUGGUUCAGAUUAUAUUUUAUUAAUUGCUUCUCAUUUUAUACAUCAUAUGUAUUGUUCUGAUUAUUAUUUUUUGAUAAAGAAGCUUUUUUCUGGGGACUUAUAUGCUAGCAGAGAAGAUAUUACUGGCCGCUGGAUGGAUCGGGCGAUCAUAGCCGAGCUCUCCCACUGUCAGGCCACAGAACAGGACAAUAAGAUCUUUUGCUCAUUCAUGAGUGUUUUGGAGGAAAACUACACUUGUAAAUAACAGUCAGUCAGUCAUAUAUGCCAUUAACACUUACGGUCUCUCUCACAUGUCACUCCACAGUUUGUUUGCUGCCCUGUGAUCAUAUGCUUGUUGUGUGUAUUCCCCCUCAUUCAAACCAGUAAUAUUAAA